CACAUAGGUCGCACUCGCAGGUGGGUCUGAAGAAGAUUCUGGAAGUCUGUCGCCCUAGCAACUAGCUGGAGUGGUUUGUCUAAACUGCAUGAACGAUUAGGCAAAGAUGGUGAAGGAAACAGGUUUUUACGAGAUGUUGGGUGUCAAGCCCAGUGCCACUCCAGAGGAGUUGAAGAAAGCCUAUCGCAAGCUGGCCUUGAAAUACCAUCCAGACAAGAACCCAACAGAAGGAGACAAGUUCAAGCAAAUCUCCCAGGCAUAUGAAGUGCUGUCUGACCCCCAGAAGAGGGAGGUUUAUGACCGUGGUGGUGAACAGGCUAUCAAAGAUGGAGGUAAUGGAGGCGGAGGCGGAGGUGGCUUCAGGUCUCCCAUGGACAUCUUUGAUAUGUUCUUUGGUGGAGGAGGGCGAAUGCACAGAGAGAAAAAAGGGAAAAACAUUGUCCAUCAGCUUACUGUGUCUUUGGAGGAAUUGUAUAAUGGAAGCACAAGGAAACUAGCCGUCCAGAAGAAUGUUAUCUGUGAAAGAUGUGAAGGCCGUGGGGGUAGAAAAGGAGCACUGGAGGUGUGCCCCUCGUGCCGGGGCACAGGGGUGCAGAUGCGACUCCACCAGCUGGGGUUCGGCAUGGUGCAGCAGGUGUCCACUAUGUGUGGCUCCUGUCAGGGCCAAGGUCAGCGCAUGAGUCACAGAGACCGCUGUAAAACCUGCGUUGGGCGCAAGAUUAACCGCCAGAAGAAGAUCUUGGAAGUCCACAUUGAUAAAGGAAUGAAAGAUGGACAGAAGAUAGUCUUUAAUGGAGAAGGGGACCAGGAGCCAGGUUUGGAGCCUGGUGACAUCAUCAUGGUGUUGGAUCAGAGGGAACACGGCGUGUUUACCAGACAAGGAGAGAACCUGACCAUGACCAUGGAGUUGCAGCUUGUGGAGGCUCUUUGUGGCUUCCAAAAACCUGUUCAGACAUUGGACAACAGGACUCUAAUGGUCACCUCCCAUCCAGGAGAAUUGAUCAAGCCAGGUGACACGAAGUGUGUGAUGAACGAGGGAAUGCCUUUGUACCGCCGGCCUUUUGAGAAAGGCCGUCUCGUCAUCAACUUCACGGUGGUCUUUCCAGAAGAGAACUUCCUCCCCCCAAACAAGCUGAAGGAGCUUGAACACUACCUGCCUGGGAAAGACAAACCAGAUGAGCCUGACGCCAUGGACGAUGACCUGUACAUCUACGCUGACCUGGAGGACUGCGACCCGGCCCGGGAGCGCCAGCACCAGAGGCACAUCUACUAUGUGGAGGAGGAUGACGACAUCUACCAAGGUGGAGGGGUGCAGUGCCAGACCUCUUAAAGUCACCUGCGACCUUCCCAGCAUUCACACCCUCUCGGCACAUCUCUGUGAAGUACCUAACGCCCGUCCCCUCCAUGGGUAUCAUGAGUGGUACGAGCUGGAAGGUGUGCCAACUCUACCCCCACCACCACAUUUUUUUAAACCCUAACAUGCCAAUUCCCUUUGAUGCAGAGGGCUCAGUGCAGCCUGCCAAAUCAAGUCAGAUGUUUUUUUUGUGUGAGGGACUGAACUGAUGGACAAUACUGAUUUUAUGACACUGGACUGGCAAAGGCCUUCUUAGAAGUGAGAAGGAGUUGUGAACAGUUCCACAUACGGUCACUGUGAUUUGCCCAUAAUGCAUCCAUAAG